UAAUACAGUAAUAGUAAUAAUAAUAAUCGCGAAAUAUCUGGAAAUUUCACUGUUUUGUUGUUAUUAUUAUUAUUAUUAUUACUAUUAUUAUUGUGUGUUUGAAUUGAUUGCCGUUUUAUUUGCGAUUUUUUUUUUGGUGACCACUUGAGUUUAGUUUACGGGUUGAGUUGUCGGUCAAUCAAUCACUUAUCGCCCGAGUUUUGGCCAUCAAUUUCAACGACAGUCAAGUCAGUUGAGAGCACCGAUCGAUUGAUAGGUUAUAUCGAUAUUAUAUUAAAAUCAAUGGCUUUCCUAGCGUUCAACGAUAUGGACGAUAUGUUCGGCCGAAUGGACCGAAUGAUGGCAUCGAUGAUGAACAACAUGAACACAAUGAUGCCGUCGCCGAGAGACGCUUUCGGCGGUCCGUCGCCGUUCAAUAUGCUAAUGCCUGCGUUCGGUACGCCGCCGGCGCUGCCAAUGGUCGGACCGAUGGUCGAUCCGAUGUCGCAGCUGAUGUCUCGUAGCGCCAGCCUAUUUCCAUCGUCGUCGAUGUCCAUCAGUCAUCAUAUGACACCAGAAAACUCUUACUCCUAUUCAUCAUCGAUGGUAUCGAUGAGCACCGAUUUUACUGGUCGGCCACAGGUCUACGAGUCGACCCAUUCGAGUCAUUCGGGUCCCGGCGGUCUACGGGAGACUCGCAGUACGGUUCGCGAUUCGCGAUCUGGCCUCCAGAAGAUGUCUAUUGGUCAUCAUAUUGCCGACAGAGGACACGUAAUGGAAAGAUCGCGCAAUCACUAUACCGGCGAACAAGAGGACAACAACGAGUAUAUUAACAUCGAAGAGGAAGAAGCCGACGAAUUUAACAGCGAGUUUCGACAGCGUAUGAAUGUCUACGGCAGCGGAGGACAUGGCGGACAUCACCACUCGGGUGGCGGUCGCUAUUUGACAUCAGGAUCGUCGUCAUCUGCGCACAGACCGCACGGUAGAUCAGAUAUGUUGGCACUGACGGCACCGCCGCCGCCGGCGCCGCAACCAUCAUCAUCGUCGGCACAACCGUUGUCUCGCGAAUCGCCUGAUGCUGCUAAACAUCAUCAUCAGCGACCAGACAAUGGCCACCACAACAACAACAACCAUCACAACCGCAACAACAACAGCAACAAAGGCCAGACUAGCGGUAGUCGAGCCAACAAAAUGUUUCACAAGAAGAAACAUUCGGACAAAAACAAGACGAAAAAGCCGUACAAAAAGUCUCCAAACAAUUAAAUCAAAGAAAAACAACAAACAAACAAAAAAAGGAUUAAAUUAAACGACAAAAACAAUUAUAAUAAGAAAAGCAAAUGAACGAAGAAUUUCCAUAAAAAAUAACAAAACAAACAAAAAAAAAUGUUUAAAUAAUAAGUUUAUUAUUAUUAUUACUAUUAAAUUAAAAAAAACAAAUUUUUUUUGUGAGACAAAAAACAGACAUUUUAUUUCAAAAUAUAAUAAUAAUAAGUGUAUUAUUGGAAGAAAAAAAACAAUUUUUGUUUAUUUGUUGAAGAAAACAGUGUAUAAUCUAUUAUUAUUAUUAUUAUUAUUAUUAUCAGUGUGUAAAUUAUAAUCGAAAUAAUUAUUAUCAUCAUAUAA